UCUGGGAAAGGCGGGGGGAAGGGAGAGGAAGGAAGCGGGGCCGGGACUGGAGGCGGGCCGAGGCCGCGAGUGGAGCCUCAGGAAGCAGAAGAGGCGCGGAAAGACGCGAUUGACGUCGCAAGCGAGCCAAUGACGAGCGAGCUGUGGCAGACCUCCAGCCAAUGGGCAGUGAGGCCUAACGCGGGGGGCGGACGCUGGGGCCGAGGGUAGCUUGAGCGCGGCGGCGGCGUUGUUCAGUCAGAGCGAGAACAUUCCAGAGGUCGCCAGGCUCCGGCGCUGACGGGUGUGGACCGCGGACGUCGCUGGGACAGCCCCUCCCCGCUGCUCGGCGGCGGCACCUGGCCCGGCCGCUCCUCGCUGCGCUUCGCCUCCGCUUCCUUGGACUCGGACUCGGGUUUAAAUCGCGCCUCUCUUCAUCCCAGUCCCGGGCGAGCAGCGUUGGGUUUAUGUCUUUAUUUGACGAAAACGAGCUGUUGCGCAGCCAUUGGUACCUGUAUUGGGGAAACAUAGCAUACAAGCAAGAAGCUUACAGCCUCAGUGGCGAAAAUUUUUUCAUGUCAGAGACCGAGAACUCUUGCAGUCGUUUAUGUCAUCCCUUCUUCUCCAGACAGAAGAUACCAAAAAGUUGCAAUCAAAGAUCUCUUCAUCUUAUUGAUAAAGCCACUAAUAAGCCAAAAUGUCUGUCAAUGUCAACCGCAGCGUGUCAGACCAGUUCUAUCGCUACAAGAUGCCCCGUCUGAUUGCCAAGGUCGAGGGCAAAGGAAAUGGAAUCAAGACAGUUAUAGUCAACAUGGUUGACGUUGCAAAGGCGCUUAAUCGGCCUCCAACGUAUCCCACCAAAUAUUUUGGUUGUGAGCUGGGAGCACAGACCCAGUUUGAUGUUAAGAAUGACCGUUACAUUGUCAAUGGAUCUCAUGAGGCGAAUAAGCUGCAAGACAUGUUGGAUGGAUUCAUUAAAAAAUUUGUUCUCUGUCCUGAAUGUGAGAAUCCUGAAACAGAUUUGCAUGUCAAUCCAAAGAAGCAAACAAUAGGUAAUUCUUGUAAAGCCUGUGGCUAUCGAGGCAUGCUUGACACACAUCAUAAACUCUGCACAUUCAUUCUCAAAAACCCACCUGAGAAUAGUGACAGUGGUACAGGAAAGAAGGAAAAGGAAAAGAAAAAUAGAAAGGGCAAAGACAAGGAAAAUGGCUCCGUAUCCAGCAGUGAGACACCACCACCACCACCGCCGCCAAAUGAAAUUAGUCCUCCUCCACAUACAGUGGAAGAAGAGGAGGAUGAUGACUGGGGAGAAGAUACAACUGAGGAAGCUCAAAGGCGUCGAAUGGAUGAAAUCAGUGACCAUGCAAAAGUUCUGACACUCAGUGAUGAUUUGGAAAGAACAAUUGAGGAGCGGGUCAAUAUCCUGUUUGAUUUUGUUAAGAAAAAGAAAGAAGAGGGUAUUAUUGAUUCGUCUGACAAAGAAAUUGUUGCUGAAGCAGAAAGACUGGAUGUAAAAGCCAUGGGCCCUCUUGUUCUGACUGAAGUUCUUUUUAAUGAGAAGAUUAGAGAACAGAUUAAGAAAUACAGGCGCCAUUUCCUACGAUUUUGUCACAACAACAAAAAAGCUCAACGGUACCUUCUUCAUGGUUUGGAGUGUGUGGUAGCAAUGCAUCAAGCUCAGCUUAUCUCCAAGAUUCCACAUAUCUUGAAGGAGAUGUACGACGCAGAUCUUUUAGAAGAAGAGGUCAUCAUCAGCUGGUCGGAAAAGGCCUCUAAGAAAUAUGUCUCCAAAGAACUUGCCAAAGAGAUUCGUGUCAAAGCAGAACCGUUUAUAAAAUGGUUGAAGGAAGCAGAGGAAGAGUCGUCUGGUGGUGAAGAAGAUGAUGAAGAUGAGAACAUUGAGGUGGUGUAUUCGAAGACUGCCAGUGUACCGAAAGUGGAAACCGUGAAGUCGGACAACAAGGAUGACGACAUCGAUAUUGAUGCCAUUUAAAGGGAUGGAUGCAACCUAGCUUAACAGUAUAAUGCUGCAAAUUUUCUCUAUUAUCAGCCAGAAGUGCAACAUGUAUGUGCAAAAGCUAAAAUGGCUUAACAUCAUGCUACACUUUACACUAAAAAUCUAUUACUGUGAGUGGUCUGUAAUUAAGCCCAAUGAGACAUCUAGGGAGUCCAUACACAUCAGUGAGCAGAUGUAGUUUGCUUAUUUAUAGCAUGUUUCUUUUUGAAAAACUAGUGGUGGACACAUUUGGAUCACAUUUAUACAGUUAUGAAAAUAAAGAUUUGAUUUUGGUCAUUCUUCAGAUGUUUGGCUCCGAAUGACUUAAGCUGAAGUAACUGGCUCCUUUUUUUUUUUUAAAUGUUGUGCCAUCAUUUCACCUGAUGAGCAUUCUUGGAGCCUGCCAGAUAUUGUUAGGUUCUGGGGCUGCAAAGAGGUCUUCAACAGGAUGUAAAGCAAACUUAAUUGUAGUUAACUUAUUCAGCCCAUUAAGAAAUACAGUACUAAAGUUUCUUAUAGUCCCUCAAAUUGGCAUCUGGUAAUGUACAUUGUGAGGUAGACUGAUAAUCAAAUGACAGUGCAACAUCUUACCAAGAAUACGACCUGACUGUCCUAAAGAGCAGAUUUUGAAACUUGGAGAGCUGUUUUCUCAUUUCAUGUACACUUGCCCCAAAUUGUAGUCUUUGAAGUCAUGUGCAUUGCACGUUGAAUGAGCCAGGGAAAUUAUUACAUUAACAAGCAUUUUGUGUGUAUGUAGUAGUUACUUUGUACUGAGAGAACUUGCUUUGGGGUGCAAUUAAACAAUAAACUGAUUUUAUUUGGGAGAAACAGGGAAGGGUGCACUUACUAGCAACCUAAGCAUGAUUUUUCAGCUCUCGCCCUUAGGUUUUAAAUUACAAUUCCAAAAUGUUAGACAUUCUGUGUCUUUUUGUUCAGUGUGGCUUUAAUCCCCCCCCCCCCUGGUUCUUUAAUACCUUUUACAUUUGGACACAUAGUUUAUGCUUUUCAGAUUUUGGUUGCUAUCUUGCCAAAAUAAGUGUUAACUGUGUUUCAAACUUGAUUUUCUUUUUUUUUUCUUCCAGAAUGUCUUAUUUAAAAAGAAAACUAAAAGUAUACUUCUAAGCCUCUAUUUUGGUGUAAGACUUGGGAUAUUUUUUUACUUCACAUUGAAUAUAGCCAGGCACCCAAGAAGUCUGAUGGCCACCUGAGUGCAGGUGACAAGGACCUGACAGAGCCCAUGCAGGGCUUUAGAUUUGGACACAAAAGAGUUGAUAACUUCCUUGUGAACUCCUUGCCUGAUCUAAACUCAUGAUGGGUUCUGACUGUUUGAGUAAUCAUCUUCAAGGUUAAACCUGUUGGCAGUUGCCCCUUUUCACGAAGUGCACGGUGGGAAUCGAGAAUCGAUAGGGUUAAUUUUGGAGCAGUGGCUUAUACCAUUCACCUCUUUUUUUGUGACUUAUUUCACAGGUAAUGAGACCUUAAUAACAAAUAGGUGUAAAGAAAUUUUCACAUUGAAAUGAUACAAACAUUUGAUGUAAUAAAACCUUGUUGGCUUGAUAUUUUAAGGAAUUGAAACCUAGCAGUCUUAAUGGAGAGACAAGAAUUGGUCUCCAGCUGCCUUUGGAUAGAUGGGGGUGCAGGUGGAGCAGGAGCCAUAUACCUGGAGGGAUUGUGCUUUGUCACACCAAAGAGGAUGUUUUUUUCCUUCAAACUCGUAUGUUGCCUAGGUUUCAAAUUCUUUGCCACAAGGCUGAUUUGCUUUCAUUAACUGGAAUUCUGUAGGAGAUACUGGUUACCUAAGCUAAGUUGCACUCAGCAUACUCAGUGUCAAGCUAAUGAGGUUCUAUUAUAAAGCUUCUACUUUUAAUCUGAGGGAAAACAUGUUCAGGGCUUCUAGAACACUAAAAAUUUUGGCUUAGACCAGUGUUCAGUCUGGUGCCAAACUUCCAGUGGAAUUCAAAUUCAAUAAUCUGAACUUUGUUCACAGAUUAUUCUAAUAGAGUAAUUCUUCACUUUGCUCUAUUGAACUGUCCUAAGGAUUUGUUAGUUACUUGAUUAAAAUAAUGAUAAAAUUGUAUUUUGUCUCUGCUUUAAUAUUAAAAUUAACUUGUUUUCAUUUUAUAAUUAG